AUGAAACCGUCCGCGUCCCUUUCCGAAUUUCAGACGACCAACUGGAUCUGUUGGCUGCUGUUCGCGUGCGUCUGCCUCGUGGAGGCCAGGUACAAUUUCCGACGACCCCCGUUGCCACCCCCGCAGCCGCCGAAGCUGAUGGCCUGGCCGAAGAAGUCGUGGCCCAUCGCUCCCAGAAUCUCCGUAGGGAACACCGUGCACGUCCACGGGAACCUUCAGCCGAAGCGAAUGCUCCCGAAACCGCCGAAUUACAGAAUCCGUCGACCUCCGAUGUUCAACGUGCCUCCGACCAUUUGGAAGAACCAGCUGAAUCAAAUGGCCAUACGAGCGCCCUUGAACAACCACGCGGUCUUACCGCAACGUCCGCCGGUCAAGGAGUUCCACUCGCAGUCGUCCAACAAAAUAGCGAACAUGGAAUUCAGUCCAGAGUACAGACCGGAAGCCGCCGUCCUGCCGCCGACCCACAGAGGCGGCGUCGACGACGACAAGGGGCCCAUUCAUACGAUUCCAGCUCCGAACCUCAGCCCCUUGGACAGACCCUUCGGCGGGGAGGCGAACGCCGAGGACGCGGUCCAAAGGCAACAGACCACCGCCGAUGCUGCGUACAAACUAAAUCCACACGGCUUGUCUAACUUCGAGUUCGGUUCCGGGAUCGGUACGAGUCUGGCCACUCAGAGGCCGGUGACGAGCGCGACGCCCCCGCAGAGCCAGUACGAAGUGACCGAGACCGACGAGGUCAAUCAGAAGGAGUACCAAACGAUCAUGCCGACGUUCCUGCCGCCGGAGUUCGCGACCCUUUCAACGCUGGUGAACCCAGACCUGCAGACGAACGACGUCUACUUCAACAACCACCCGGCGUCGAACAUCGGCCUCAUCGGUACCAACGUACAGCUCGGCCAGCAGAAUCUGCCGCUGCAGACGAAUCUGCACAGCUCGAUGCACGUCGGCUUCCCCGGGACCGCCGGCCAAACGCCUUACGUUAUAAAUCAACAGAUACCAGAUUUACACGUCGGCCAUCCGGCCCCGGCCGGUCCUCCGCUCUCGGCCACUCAGCUGUACGAUCUCUUGAACAGUUUCCCUCAGAAGAUACCCGAGCAGUAUCAAUCGGGUCAGCAACCGCAGCUUCAGCAGCACAUCCUGCAGCAGCAGCUCGGUCAAUUCUUCCAGCCUGGGAUGACGGGAUUCUCGCAGCCGCAGAUGCAGUCGUUCAAUUACGACGAGCAGGAUAACAAGGAGCAGCAGCAGCAACAGCAGCAACAACAGCAGCAGCAUCAACAGCAACAAGUAGUGUUCGAUCAGGAGUACGCCGGUCGAGUCAAUACGAAUUACAACGUGGACGCUGCGGAUCAAGAGGACGAAGAAGCAGCCGCUGGCCUCCAGCAGAACGAAGACCUGGCUUACAUCGCCGACGAGCAACUCGAGAACAACAUCGACUACGAUCAGGCCAACGAUCAGAAGGACCAGUCGACUUAUUUCGACAAAGUGGUCAAUGACGAUGGGAUGUCUACGCAGUUUUACACCACGCUGCCGAAUCGCGAGGCUGCGGAGAAGCUGGCGGCUUUGGCAGCCGCCGGGAACGUCAACAGCCAGCUGAUAGGACAACUGCGAAAGCAGCAGCAACGGCAGCAGCAACAGCAGCAGCAAGAGAACGAAGAUGCUAUGCCGCCGAAUCAUAAGAACGAAGACCAGGGGAAUUAUUAUCGGAGGAGCCAGCAGGAACAGCAGAAGGAAUUUAAUAGGCAGCGACAGGAGUACAGCGAUAAGCGGCCGUUGAGAAUCAUGGUUCCCGACGAGACCGACGAUUACGAGCCUCAGAACGACGAAGCCAAGGAGAACGGGGAGACUGAAUAUGAGUACGAGAACGACGAACCCGACGCCGGAGGCUCGCGAUCCGAGAACAACGAAUUUGGGACACGCUUGAGUCCUAAAACAACAUAA